AUGCCCGAAGCGGACAUGUACUACGCGGAGAUUGAACGGGAUGGAUUCCCAGUCUCCGCUCAACGGACACACGACUGCCCGCGACAGGCAUUACACGUUUCGCAAGGUCGGCCCUGGCGCGAUACGUCCAAACGCCGACAAGCGUGGAGCUCGUGGUGGAUGAUGAUGCUCGGUCUUAUUUUCUUCGCUUCCCACGCCGCCGCAGUCCUGCUGGAUUUUGACAACUGUCUGUCGAAAACAAUCCUCGAGUCGGACCCUCUUCAGCUCCAAUUCGUCCCCACCAACGUCUCCGUCGUAUUCAACCUCACCAAUUCUCUACACCCACUCAGCGUGACGGUCUACGGAAAUGUGUCGGGUACCAUGUCGCGAACGGCGGAUUAUCCCGCGAUGGACUCUGCGGACUGGACAAAUCCGAACUGGACGGAUGGGAAGAUCGUGGACUUGAGCACGACGAAUUACAAGUACACCACCUUGUUGACGGCGUUCAACGUACUAAGUUUUUCGCCUUUUAAUAAUGCUUCACGAUUUCGCGACUCCCUCACACAAGGUACCCUGCCGAUGGGUCCCGUCUUCGACUACAAUAUGAGCGAUCUGUCCACCUUGCACGCAUUCUCGGUUCAGCAUGAUAUGCUUUCGACAUACCGUUUCGGAACAAUUAACCCCUCGUUCAAGCUUCGUUCCGGUGACGCCUCCGCGAUUGAGCUGGCCUGCUUGACGGUGAAAGUCACGCCUGACUUUAAUGCGCCUUUGAGAAAUGCAAUCGCCUACGUGCCUCUGGUCAUACUGCUGCUGGUGGGAGUCGCCACGAUCACUGCUGCCAUUUACAGCCCUUGGGGUACGACAGAUUUGUUUAGAUGGACAAGUAACUACGGCCGCGACGAGGAUGUUCUCCGUUUGGUCACACCCGGGUUUGCAGAUUGUCUGCAGUACCUUCAAUACGUGGUGUUGACAGGUGCGCUUUCGUUGGACUACCCGGGUUUCUACCAGCCUGCGGUCAGCCAAGGCGCGUGGUCGACUCUCAUGUUUAACCAAAGUUUCGUCAACCCCGGUGGACGGAAUCCGGUUGUCGAUGGAGUCUAUGCCGUCAACGGAACAUACGGCCUGGACCGAAUGAACCAGCUGGUCGGAAUGCAAUCAUCCCAGGACAUCUGGCCGGGCAUGAUCAUCUGGACUUUGGUCAUCUUGGUCUGCGUCACGUUACUGGUUCAGAUCGCCUUUGGACUUCGAUGGCUUCGCCGUGAAUUGGCAAACAACACCGAUCAAGAUUUGCGCGCCAGAAAUUUGCCGUUUACCUUGGGCAACAUUAUCCGCAUGGUCUUCAACUACCUUCUCCUCCCUAUUGUUUCCCUUUCCUUCUUCCAGCUGGUCAUAGCUGGUCAAUCCCCCGCUUACAGUGUUGCUCUGGCGGCUCUGGUGAUUGUAGUACUCGUCUGCUUCUCCCUUUGGUUCAUCCGAGUCAUCGUCUCCACACGUCCUAAAUCACACCUUUUCGACGACCUGCCUACUGUACUUUUGUACGGCCCUCUCUACAACACCUAUUGCGAUGAUGCCGCUGCCUUUGCCGCCGUUGCGAUUGUUUUGAAUAUUGCUCGAGGUGUCGCGGUGGGUGCUUUGCAGCCCUCCGGUAUUGCACAGGUAGUAAUGCUGGCGAUUUGCGAAGUCGUUUCUGUACUUACCUUGCUCGCCUUCCGCCCUUUCUCUGGUCCCACUCACAUGAACCUCUAUCAUUGUCUCUUCUCCAUAGUGCGCUUCUUGACUGUCAUUCUCAGCGUGGUGUUUGUUCCUUCGCUCUCAGUCUCAGAGGCCGCCCGAGGCUGGAUUGGAUAUCUGAUCCUAGUGCUCCAUGCUAUGGUUCUGAUUUUCGGAUUCUUCCUCAAUGCCAUGCAGACGUUGAUUGAGGUUCUAGCUCGACUUGCUGGUGCUGGUGGAGCCACUCGUGGUGGUCUUGCGAAAGUCUUCGGCAUGCGUCAACUUUCCAGACGUACUCCACGUCGGGAUCUUGCGCGACAAAGUAUGGGCUCAGAGGCCGCUAUGCUUGGACACGGUGACGACCGUCUGUCUGCCCAAUUCGAUGGAUCCCGUCCUCGCAGUCUAUCCGGCAGUUCUGCUCUCCUUUUGAACCGCGCCACAGGCAGUGAUGGCCGAGCCAGUGCUUACUUUGAUUAUGCCAGCUCCCAAGGAGGCACGCACAGUCGCGCUGCGAGUGGAGGAUUCCCAACACCUACAUCAACAGCUUACCCUGGACCUGGUUUCCCCAGUUCCCCCAGCAGCGGUACCAUGACAGGGCUGAAUCCUCGUGAUCCUUAUUACCGACCGCCUCGUCCUGGACGAAAAGGACCUCAAGGCACUGUGUCAUUUGAGAAGGGCAAGGCCCCGAGCAAGAGUCCCUCGAAACGUUUCUUGUCAAGAUCACUCCGCCGAGCAGCCCAUACUGACGAUGAAAUCGGAGAUGCCCCGAUGUCCGGCCGUGCAACACCCGUGCCGGCAUAUCUACCGACAGGGAAGGAUGAUUUGGAAUUGGACGACCAACGGCAAUCACGAAAAGACUAUGCCGUCCGUGAGGUCGAUUUCUACUACGGAGUCCGGGGUCCCCCACUCUCACAUACCGGCACGCGAAAGUUGAAAACCGGCCCAGCUGACCCCACAGGACCGGUCUCAUCUGCGACAGGCUGGUUCCGAGGCUUAUUCCAAGGAAAGACCAAGGAUAGCGCCAAGGGAUUCGAGGUGGUUCGAAGUGCUCGAGCACCCCCGCCUGGCAUGUUCCCGCCUGGUGGUGACUAUAACGAGCAUUAUCAAGACGAUCCGGAGGCUCCCAGUGCUGGUCACUCCCGCAAUGUGUCUACAGGCGAUGUUCCCUAUGAAGAUCUGGAUGGCGAACAUGAAUCUAAGCGACUAAGUGGAACACUCCCGCCGGUUCUACCCCAGCUCAACACAUCCGUUGGUGGUGGCAUUGAAUUACCCAGUCGACAGGGAUCUCGCCAUACCCAAGCACCGGCUGAGGAAGGAGAUGGACCCUCAACAUCACUCCCGGUCGUCACCGAGACCAUCUCCGAAGAACAGCAGCCUGGCCCAGACAGACGAUCCGUCCACUCUGGAAACCACCUUCAGCUCUCCCCUACCGCCCGGUUACCCUUCAGUGAUAGUAGCUCACCUUCUCGGGAACGGGGUCUAUCAAUGACCUCCACUUCCAGGUCAAGGUCAAUAGCGUCUAGUCAUGGCACGGGUCAGGGUAGUCGACGAGGUGAACGGCCUUCUAGUAUGGGUUAUGUAGCGCAACAUCGCGCACAUGACAACAUCCAUGAAGCCAGCCCGGAUGAGCCAUCCUUUGCUGGUAGUUCGGCGGAACUUGUGGAUGAAGCUGCGAACCACGAAAACUAG